UAGUCAUACAUUGAUUUUACAAAAAUAUGACUUCCCACUUAAAGAUACAACCAAGUCUAGUUUUAAUGUUAAAUCAGACAUAAACUCACAGAUUAAAGAAAAGACUUAAUAAAGAAUAGAGUGGAGGAGAGUAGAGGGGGGUGUGAUGUGUUUGGAGGAGGGACUCCAUCAUUUAGAGAAGUGAACAGUUCCUGGUUUACCAGUGAAGAAGAAAGAGAGGCAGCGUUAAACCAUCAGAUCCUCCAACAUGAACGUCUGUCAGUCUCUGAUCUGCUUCUUCUUCCUCACACUGCAGGAUGGAAACAUUGGUCUCAUCAAUGCAGAAAUCAUCGAGACUACAGGAACUGAAGGAGGAGACAUCACAGUUAGAUGCUCCUUCACUUUCUCUGGAAGGAGGAGAAUCUUCUGUAAGGACCAAUGUAAAGAAGGAGACAUUCUCAUUGACACAGAAGAGGACACAGCUCAGAGAGGCAGAUACAGCAUCGAAUAUAAAGAAUAUUUUCCAGUAUCUAUAACAAUUCUUUAUGUGAGCAUCAGAAACCUGAUUAGGUCUGACUCAGGACGGUACAGAUGUGGUCUGGUCAGAUUUUUCCCAUUCUCACCAUCAUACCAGGAGAUUGAGAUCCGAGUUACAGAUGCUCCAACCUCUCCUCUCAGACCUUCUUCACCAUCAGUCCCAUCAGCCUCCACACUGAUGACAUCACAGAGUUUAAGCUCCACACCUUCAUCAGCCUCCACACUGAUGACAUCACAGACAUCAGCAGCAAGUUCAGAUCUCCCCCUGGUUUUGGCUGUGUGUGUCCCUAUGGUGGUGGUGGUGGUGCUGGCUGCUGUUCUGCUGUUCUUCUACAAAAAGAGGACUAAUCACUCUGAUGGUUCAAACCAGAGAGGAAACACAGACAUCACCAGGACUGAGAUUAACAUCUAUGAGAACUGCCCUCCACUCUCCACCCGUGCAGACUCCACCUACCAGAGUCUGGAUCCAGCCUCCGGGACAUCCCGACCACAUCUACUCUACUCUCUUAGAUACAACACCUGUGAUGAUGUCAGCAAGAGUUUCUGCUGA